UUCAGUUACUAAUCGCGUUCGUCCUGUGAAAAAAAAUCUCACAUAAAACCAACAAGUUAUAAAAUUGGAAGGGUGUGCGUAGGUUAACACUUACCAUCUAGAGAAUAUCUGACCAUUUUUCCGAGAUGCAGAGACGAUUGGGCGCUUCUUUCGUUUUCCUAAGCUUAGGACUGGUUGCUCUAGUGCAGGCACCUGGGCCCCAUCCUCCAGAUCAAGGACAUCCUGAUCAGAGGUGUGUCGACGCUUUUGAAUGUCACUGUGAUCCCCACGCACCUGACAAUAUGCCCGUGUGUGAAGGUGGUCACUGUUCAUGCCACCACGUGCACCUAUGUGCACACAAUCACGAGUGCCACUGCGAUCCUCCUUCACCUGAUAAAAUACCUACCUGUAUAGAUGGACAAUGCACGUGUCAACAUACAGGGAUAUUGGAUGCAGAUAGAUGUGCACAUGAUGACGAGUGUCACCAUCACUGUGAGCCGCACGGACCUGACCACAAGCCUGUAUGUAUGGAUGGACACUGCUCUUGUCAUCACACAGAAAUGUGUACACACAAAGAAGAGUGUCACCACAUUCAUUGUGAGCCUCCCGACCACGAACCAGCAUGUACGAAUGGACAGUGUUCAUGUCACCAUGCAGGCAGAUGUAUACAUAACGGUGAGUGCCACUGUGAUUCCCCUAACAACAACCCUGUGUGUAUUGAUGGACAGUGUUCGUGUCUUUCCAUAGCCCAGACCACCUGUUACGACAAUUCUGAGUGUGUGGGCUCACACUGCACUACACAAGGACUUUAUCCUUUCUGUCGCACGUCUCUUGCUAAUGGACAAUCUUAUUGCGAUUGUACAGCUUGCACCGACGACAAUCACUGUGCAAGUAAAUGUGGUAGUGGGACCUCACCGAAAUGCAACACUUCUCUUGCACACGAUUACAGCUGCUAUUGCGAGAAUAUCGUAUCAGCAACUCAGACUAGCUGUCACGACAAUUCUGAUUGUUUUGUCUCACACUGCACUAUACCAGGACUUCAUCCUUUCUGUCGCACGUCUCUUGCUAAUGGACAAUCCUACUGCGAUUGCACAGCUUGCACUGAAGAUCAUCACUGUGCAAGUAAAUGUGGCAGUGGAGCAACACCGAAAUGCAGUUUCUCUUCUGUAAAUGGCUACAGCUGUUCUUGUGAGAAUACCAUGUCAACAAGUACUAUGACAUCUACACCCACAGUGUCGACUUCUCGAUUAACAAACACUAAAGGUAGUACCACGCCAGUCUCUCAGACUUCCAUUAGGCAAGGUUCAAGCUCUGAUUCGACAUCCACCUCUGCAAACACCUCAGGGAAAGUUACAACUGUAAAUACCCAAACAUCUACACAAACCCUUCCGCCAUCAAAUAGUCUCAGUUCUAAUCUCACCUAUGUAACGGUAACUGGUUCAGAUUCCACAACAUCUACGACUGAAACAACAACAACUACAAAUUCUAUCACAACAGUACCAACUAGAGCCAUACCAAGGAGGUGUCACGUAUGUGGUAGUACAACUAGUGCCUCGCUAUGUGACACUAGGACGAUUUACCUCGGCAAUCUUCAGACUUGUCCGAGUGGUUCCGAUUUCUGUAUGACUGAUAUAAUCCACGGUGCAGGGGGCUCCGUGCAAAUAUUCAAAAGAUGUGUAACUGAAAUUGAGUGCAAAGACAAGUGGCUCCACCAGUCCUCAGAUUUAGAUUACUGCACCGACUAUGGAAAUGUGCUUGGACAAGGACACUACAGCUGUCACUUCUGUUGUACAGAGGACGGAUGUAACUCCAAGCUGGUUCCACAAAAAUCAACAUGGUACACCAAAUCGUAAAAUUCGAACUGACGAAUAUUGAUCUCAUUUUGUCAGCCGAUAAACUAGAUUACACUCAUUUCAAUAAAUGUUCAUUAUACAG